CCCCGCGAACGGCCGCCCCGCCCCCCCGCCGGCACUGCGCGCGCGCGCUGCGCCUGCGCGCGGCCGCCGCCGCCGCCGCGUCCCGUGACGUCGCGGAGCCAUGUCCGGGUUCCUGGAGAGCCUGCGCUGCUCGGAGUGCGUGGACUGGGGCGAGAAGCGCAACACCAUCGCCUCGGUGGCCGCGGGGGUGCUGUUUUUCACAGGCUGGUGGAUCAUCAUCGAUGCUGCUGUGAAAUACCCUCAGAUGGAAGAUUUCAACCAUUCCUACCACGCCUGUGGGGUGAUAGCCACCAUUGCAUUCCUCAUGAUCAACGCCGUGUCCAACGGGCAGGUGCGGGGGGACAGCUACAGCGAGGGCUGCCUGGGCCAGACAGGGGCUCGCAUCUGGCUCUUCAUUGGCUUCAUGAUGGCUUUUGGCUCCCUCAUUGCCUCCAUGUGGAUCCUCUUUGGGGGCUACGUGGUUAAAGAAAAACCAGUGGUGUACCCAGGAAUAGCAGUGUUUUUCCAGAAUGCAUUCAUCUUUUUUGGGGGCCUGGUGUUCAAGUUUGGGCGCACGGAGGAUCUGUGGCAGUGAACUCCCCCUGGGCUCUGCCUGCACCCCCAGAGUUUUGUAAAACCAUUUUGUAAACCUUCCAUCGUGUCUGAAGAGAAAUCAAGCAAAGCUGAAAGCACUAAAUCCAGCUCUAUUCUGGUUAUUUUUUUUACUCUUGUACGUAAUCCACUUCAGCGUUGUGGUGUUUUUGAGAAACGUAAAAUUCCUACAAACAGCAGUGGAGUCACUUUUCUAAAAUGAUGUUUGUUACAAAUAAAAGGAGAGUGGGACAUGGAUGUAUUUAACCAGCUCUUUCUAUGAUGUUAUUUACACUCCAAGACUUAUUAAAAAUGCAUUUAAACAACCUUUUAACAGAUAUUUAUUACAUAUUUCCUAUAUCUGGGCAAUAUAACCAUUUCUUCAAUUUCAAAA